GCUAGAGCCUAUACAGUUAUUGAUAUUAGCCGUGAACGCCAUCUUGGAUCUAGAAGGUUUCUAAACAGCGAAAACAGGAAAAUAGAUACUUUCGUUCUUAUUUUGUAAUUUCCCCAACUGGCUGAUGAUGAAGAAACACGAGUCAUGACGUCGCCUCUUUAUUUGCUGAUAUAGUUAAAAUCCGUAAAUCUGAGAGGAUUGUGGACUGAGGAAAUUUACGCAGUUUACUAUAAUUUGGGUUUGUUUAUGUUAUUCAACCCGGACAUGGACUCUUCUAACCCAGGCAUACCAGACGACUCCGGUGAGGCCCAGGCAAGCAGCAGUGCUGUUGUGCCAAAAGGGUCCAAUAAGAGACGAGCUGCGCCAGACUUCGAUGAUGAUGAUGAUGAUGAUGAUGGAAGCAAGCUCUUCAGGUGUGAUGACGAUGGAGGAGGAGGAGACAAAGAGCGAUUUGCCAGGGAGAACCACAGUGAGAUUGAGCGGCGGCGGAGGAACAAGAUGACUGCUUACAUCACAGAGCUGUCGGACAUGGUUCCCACCUGCAGCGCGUUGGCACGGAAACCAGAUAAGCUGACCAUCCUGCGCAUGGCCGUGUCCCACAUGAAGUCUCUGAGAGGGAGCGGCAACACUGCAGCAGACGGGACAUACAAACCAUCCUUCCUCACCGACCAGGAGCUGAAGCACCUGAUCCUGGAAGCUGCUGAUGGCUUCCUGUUUGUGGUGUCGUGUGAGAGUGGGCGGGUCGUCUACGUGUCAGACUCCCUGACCCCUGUUCUUAACCAAUCACAGUCCGACUGGCUAGGCUCCUCACUCUACGACCAGCUCCACCCGGAAGACGGAGACAAACUACGAGAGCAGCUCUCUACUGCAGAGAGUAACAAUACAGGGAGGAUGUUAGACCUGAAGACAGGAACAGUUAAGAAGGAGGGACAGCAGUCCUCCGUCAGGAUGUGUAUGGGAGCCAGACGAUCCUUCAUAUGUAGGAUGAGAUGUGGUUCGUGUCCAGUGGAGCCCAUGUCUAUGAACAGAUUGAAUUUCCUGCGGAGCAGGAACAGGAAUGGUCUGGGCCCACCCAAGGAUGGAGAGCCUCAGUAUGUGGUGGUCCACUGCACUGGAUACAUCAAGUCCUGGCCCCCCACAGGGGUGAAUCUAACAGAUGAGGAAGCAGACAAUAUUCAGGGGAGUCGCUACUGUCUAGUCGCCAUCGGUAGACUUCAGGUGACCUCUUGCCCGAGCGACACAGACAUAAACAGCAUCAGCGUUCCGGUGGAGUUCAUCUCUCGUCACAACUGCCAGGGCCUCUUUACCUUCGUAGACCACCGCUGCAUGGCCACAGUGGGCUACCAGCCUCAGGAACUGCUGGGUAAGAACAUAUUGGAGCUGGCCCACCCUGAGGACCAGGGUCUGCUGAGAGACAGCUUCCAGCAGGUGGUCAAGCUGAAGGGUCAGGUGCUGUCCGUCAUGUUCCGCUUCCUGUCCAAGACCAGAGACUGGCUCUGGAUCAGGACCAGCUCCUUCACCUUCCAGAACCCCUUCUCUGAGGAGAUAGAGUACAUCAUCUGUACCAACGCCAACGUCAAAACCUCGACUCAGGACACCCUCACCCCCCUCUCGUCCUCAGGGGUGUCUUUGCCCCCCUCGCUGGGGGAGAGCAGUCCUAACUUCCCCCCUGUAUCCCACAGCCCAGGGCAGGUGGCUGCCAGACAGUUGCAGCAGCAGCAAGCAGAGUUGGGGGGAGGAGGGAGAGAUGGUCUGUACGAGGCAGGACAGGUUACACUUCCACAGAUGCCUGUCCAGGCCGUGACCGCAGCUGGAACUGACCACAGUAAGACCAGGGACAAGGCAGAGAUGCACCCCUCCAUGUACCCCAACCCAGACCAGGCCAAGUUCCUGCCCUCCACCUCUGCCCCCGGAGUGCCCAUCUACCCUCAGGACAACAACUACACCACUGCCAACCGCUCCAACGACACAUACAGCAGGUCAGUAGGGAUGGCUCAGAUGGUGCAGCCAUCCCACUCCGCAGGCCAGGUGCUGGCUCAGAUGGUGCAGCCAUCCCACUCCGCAGGCCAGGUGCUGGCUCAGAUGUCCCGUCAGAACGGGGCACCCCCCUCCAACAGCAGCCCCCUACAGGGAGGGGCAGCGGUGAGCUGGCCGGGGCCAGCAGCAGGGGCUAGACCCCCCUUCAACAACCAGCAGGUGGUGCCCCAGGCAGGGAAGGCCCUGUCUCCCCAGUUUGCCAUGGGGAGUUUUGUUGGGGGCUCUUCCUCCUCAUUUGGGGCGAUGCCCACCACUGCCGCUCCGACCCCCACCAUGGGGGCUAACUACCCAAAUAUCAACCCCCGCGCCAGCCUCAAUACCAACGGAUACGAUGGCUUGGGGUCGGGGCCGCAGUUCCCCUCCAGGGCAGCGGAGGCAGUGUGGCCCCAGUGGCAGGGCCAGCAGCAAGCUCAGAACAGGGCAGAGCAGCACCCCCACACACAGAACAACCAGCCUGACAUCUUCCUGUAA